AUGAUACGUGUGAUCGCAGGUAGAGAAGCAGGACACUGCUAUAUAGACUUGGUCCAAGGGGAUGUGAGCGCAGUUAUUGUAGGAGGUAAUGAGCGGGACGUGAAUCGUUACGAAGUCAUAUAUGUCAAUGGCUCCUUAAGCCGAGAAUUGGCUGAAGGUGAAGACUCCAGCAACUUGGACUUCCUUUGGAGUUGUUAUAGUAGUUGCGAUCAAACAAACAUAAUACGUAUUCCAAGGUAUACGCUGAAGAUGGGCUGCAGUUACAAGUACACCUUGGAAGUCUCUAUUGAUAGUAAGAACGCAAGCGCUACUCAGACGCUAAAUGUGGUUAGAUACAGAACAGUGGACUUUUAUAUACAGUGUUUGCAAAACUGUGCCGGCGAUGUUUACCAUCCAAAUGAAAAGGUUGAUCUAUUGGCAGUUUGCCUAGAUUGUGGAGAUGCUAAAAUUGACUAUCAAUGGUCCGUUGAUAACGAGAUAAUGAUUGAGGACGAACGCCUCUAUGUAUUUCUACGAACACCUUUCGAAAAUGUUAUUAUUGAAGUAUCAGGGGUGACCCAUGAUUAUCGCACUAAUACGAGAAAACUAGUCCUUAAAAAAAAUUUUGGACCCGUAGGCCCUGGCUGUAGCAUCGAGCCCGAAACAGGUCAAGAGUUUGAUACUAUGUUUAAUGUGCAAUGCCUGAAUUUCAAGACUAACUACAACCCUAAAAGAUUCUUCAUUAUCGCGGCCAAGGUCAUACAGGAGGUAUUCUACUCGGAAAGUAUGAAGCUGUUGUUGCCGGUGGCUAAAUCGAUAACAGUACGAGUUUGUGACUUCUACAAGGCGUGUAAUGAUGUAUCAGUCGAGGUCAACGUAAAGGAGCAGUACAUACCAACUGGUUCCACGACAAAUCAGACGCUGGAAGACUUUCUGUCUUCCGGCUUAACAGAUGUGGCCGUUCUGUUUAAAAGAGGAUAUCGCAACAAAGCCUACAUAAUACUUAAUUCAGCCGCAAGGCGCAUUAAGAGCGUUAAAGAGGCAGCUACUAUCUUGCGCUUUUUUAAUAAUUAUCAGCCGCGCUCUGUCUUGGAACUCGGGAAAUUGGCCAAUGUAACCAAGUCACUGGCCAUCUCUUUGAAUCCCAUCAGUGAUGACGGUGUCCGUGUGCUGACAAAAGCCGUGGAGUCCAUAAAUCAUAUAUUUGCAGAAAUUACAGAAAAUGGCGAGAUAGACAAUUUACGUGAAUAUCCAUUUCGCAAUGCUACGGUCAGAUGCAUUCUUAUUCAACGUAUGUUCCAAAAUCUUACGGACAAGUUAGCUCCGCCACCUCAGUUCAUCGUUGAUAUGGUCAAGCCGCAUGCGAAGCUUACACCGGAACAUAUAGCCAAGGUACGCAAGGAGAUAGAACAAAUACCGGAAAAGGAUGUGAGACUUAACACUGAAAUGUGGUUGAAUGCCACAUACAAUGCGAAUAGACUGUAUAACUAUCUGUUCUUCACUAAUGAGAUGGGUCUAGGACUUGACGAUGAUGAUGGUCAGACCAUUUCGAUAGGCGUUGCCAUGGACUGGGACUUUUGGAAGAGUUGUCAGAUAAAUUGA